UUGGAUCGGAAACUUCGUCGUAAACCGAGAACCCCGGCACAGGCUCUUUUAGCUAAAUAGGAAGAGAAUGCUGGGAACACUGAACGUAAUACUGUACUUGACUGAUUUAUGUCGUCGUGGUUCUAUAUCACUUCUGGCUUUUUAGGCGGAAACCACGCGGUUUCAUGAACAAUUGGUCAACCCGUCUUCCCUGCCCUUUUUUGUUGUUGUAUUUAAUUUUUUUUACAAGAGGCCCAGAUGUAACAUAAAAUCUAUAGUUCGCAAGAGUACGACGCCCCAGCUGUCAACUGUUAUACAUUUCUUUUCAAGCCAGUCAAAUAGCAGUCCAAAGCGGGCGGUGCCGUCUACGAAGGUGUAACUCAUAACAUGUCAUGUAAUUAUGGUUAAAAGAGAAAACAGAAAAAGCUUACUUGUCCCCAAUGUCGUUUUACUUCCAGCACAGACCCGCGAAGCGUUGCGCAGGUGCAGCACUGCAGCUCCGUGUGCCCGCCCAACAACCACCAAACUCCGACGCUGAUUUGUCCAGGCGCACGUCAAUCGAAUAUGAGUGGAUUCGGGGGAGAAUGCUGCAGUGGUGGACAGUAAUACUGAUGCUGUGCUGCAACACUGUGAAUGAGGCCUGUCUGCAGUGUGACAAAGAGAUCUUUAACAAACACGAAGACUUUUCCUUAUCUGCCUCCACUGCACAAAAGCAAAUCGCACGGAAAAAUAUUUUGGAUAAUGUCUAUAACAAAUACAAGGAAGCAAGCCGGGACCUGAAGGGCAUCAUAGAUCCGACCACCCUGUACAGAGUCAAAACUGAGUACCUGAGUGAAUUUAAUCGGUUCUUGGAUGCAGAGAGCAGUGGACCUUCUCAGAGAGACUUCAUUCAUAUCAUUGAACAAGGGAAGAAGAUUUUAGUAAAACACUUGAAACAUUUCAUAGCUAAUGAAUUGUGCCCCAACAAGUGUGGGCUCUUGCAGAGACGGGUAAUGGAUUGCAUAUCAUGCAAGUACAAGAUCUACAGCUGUCCAUCUCCGUCCGGCAAACAGGAUUGUGGUGAAUACCAGAUUGAGGCAAAAGAGGGAGGACAUGCAUUACUGGACUGUUUCCAACCAUGGCAUUCACUUGUUUUCGGGAGCCUAUCAUACACCUGGACCUCUGACACAAAGGUCAAUGGUCCGAACUCAGGAUAUAAGAUAGUAAUGGAGGAGUCUAGCAUGGUGUUAAAUCAGCUCCACUUGAGGGAUCAGGGGACGUACCGGUGCUCAGUGACGGGCCAAGAUGGGACUGAGUUCUACCGAGUUGCAGUGCGCUUGACUGUCACCCGAGCGCCAACCGAAACAUACCAAUCUGGCAUUCCACUGCCUGCGUUGACUCCUGAAGACGAAGAAUCACUUCUUCAACACGACAGGGGCGCACUGGUUCCGCUCAUGGCUGUAGUCACGGCUCUUAGUCUGGCAGGUUGCCUCAUCUUCAUUGUUGUCAUUGGAAAGAUGAUGAUUCAGCAAAGAAAAACAUUGACAACACAGAGCAGGGUGGAGGAAGAAAAUAACACAUUCACCUCUGUGUGGGCCAGAUGGCGUGCACAGUAAAUGGUUCUUGUGGGAUUGGAAAUUUAAAUGUACUUUGUUUUCUUGUCAUGCUGUCAUUGCUGGUCCACCCGAUUGUAUUUUGGUCUCAUCCGACCAAAGCACCUUCUUCCACAGGUUUGUGGUGUCACCUUUGUGGCAAACGGGACUUCUCAUUCCUGUCUUUCAACAGUGGCUUUCUUCUCGCCACUCUUCAUAAAGUGCACUACUUAUA